AUGGAUUAUUCUACUAAUGUUACAUAUUUGUCUUUGGAAGGGCAUGUGGAGUUGGAGAAAUAUAGAUAUGUUUACUUUGUAAUUACUUUAUCAGUUUACAUGCUGAUAACUUGCUGUAAUGCUGUUGUCAUUUAUGUCAUUUACACAAACGAACGUCUCCAUGAGCCGAUGUACAUAUUCAUUGCUGCUUUACUUUGCAAUGCUCUCUUUGGAGCAGCUGGCCUUUAUCCUAAAUUACUGAGUGAUUUACUGUCUGAAAAACAAAUUAUCUCUCAUGGAGCCUGUCUGUUUCAGGCAUUUUGGAUUUAUACAAAUGGAGGAUCAGAGUUCGCCUUGUUAGCAGCAAUGGCCUAUGACAGAUACGUGUCCAUAUGUAAACCAUUACAAUAUGCAACUCUUAUGAAAAUGUCCACUGUUAAAAAGCUCUUAUUUUUCUGUUGGUUUGUACCUUCCUGUGAAAUGGGCAUAUCCAUAAUAUUAACAUACAGACCGCUGUGUAAAUAUAAAUUAAACAGAAUAUACUGUAAUGCUCACUCAGUUGCUAAAUUAAGUUGUGGAGAUAUAACUGUUGUGAAUUUAUAUGGGCUGUCUGCUUUGACCAUUGUUGUCUGUCCACCUGUCAUGUUUGUUAUGUACUCAUAUAUUCGAAUAAUUGAAGUCUGUGUAAAGAAUUCAAAAGAUUUCAGAAGAAAAGCUCUACAGACCUGCUUCCCACACCUUUUUGUUUUCACCUGUUUCUCUAUUACUGCAUGUUUUGAAGUGGUUAACGCCAGAUUUGAAGGAAAUGUACCUCAUUUAUUAACACUGAUCUUGUCAAUUGAAAAUUGGGUCAUCCCUCCACUAAUCAAUCCUAUAAUAUAUGGACUGAAACUACAGGAAAUUUGGAAUAGGAUUAAAGGAAUGAUCUGGAAGAAAAAGAUGCACAACUUUGCAGAUUAG